GAAUUGCCAUUUACAUGGGACUUGGCACACUGGCACUUGUGGUUGUGAACCAUGUUGCUGGAUGGGUCGUGGAGAUGAGCAGCUCAAGAAGCGAGGAGCAGCACUUCAUCAGGUUUGAAGAUUCCUGCUUCACAAUCGAUCCUUUGCCUAGUGGGUGCUUCUAUGGCGUGUACGUGGAGGUUGAUGACUGUUCAGUUGCACGCAUUGCCUUCAGUACACGGAUUCAUGCCAACUGCACCAUGACUGGGAGGACAUUCACCGGCCUGCCCUACGUCGUGUGGCGACUAUCUCGGACACUGGUCAGAGGCGUUCCUUCAAGCUGA